CCCUGGCGAGUUUUGAAUGCUGGAUCCUUUGGUGGGCGAUCUGGAAUGCGGGAUCGAAGCUCGAAUUCCAGCGAAUUCCCCAAGAACAAGGAGAAGAGAAGGAGAAGGAGAAGCUAGCUUGGAUUUCCAAGGCACUCACUCUUCUACUCGCUCACCAUCAUUCCUCUCAGUGACGACUACUACUACCGCCUCCACCAACAGGCGCAAUCGCGAGCGAGAAAUCUUCAAACUUGUGAUGGUGUGGAUGGGCGAUGGCGUCGCGAUCGCGUGGAUCGUCGCUUGGGCCCAAUUGGCCAACCUCCAGAAGGGAUCUCUCCUCCCAAUUCAUCGCGUUUUUCUAAUCCUCCCUUCUAGGCUCCUCCCUCCCCUUCUCUCUCUGCUCAUGCCCAUGUCCAUUUCGCUGGCCAUUCCACGCCGGAAUGUCCAGCGUCUCCGCGUAAAACCUCUCGUUUUCCCCCAUUUCCCGCCGGACGGAAUGUUCGUCUGCUGACACCCCAGUGUGACGGAAUGUCCGCCGCCGGACCUUUACCACUUUUACCGCCGGGUAACACAAACGGCCAAACGUGGCCUGACACUUAAACCACCGGGCAAACGACGCUACCCAGGACGUCAUGACAGGCAGAACGUCCACAUUGGUGACGUGCGCCCCAAAUGGGCCAGUUCUCCCAACUCCACCACCGGCAAAAAAAAAGUUUAGGGCUCUUGGUGAGAUCUCACACUCAGCAGCUGGUAUGGUGUGCCCUAGACACCUAGAAACACACUUGCCUUUGCUAUGCUCGCCAACUUUCUAGAAGAGGGCCAAGCCAAACAGUAGUUCGCGGAAUCUAUUAUUUGA